CCAGGUCGUCUGCUGUUUAAGGGCGCAGAGAAGGACAUUAUUGGUUCGGGGUCCGCACUCUCAGUGCUAGGUAGGGCGGAUGGGCCCUUAUUAAACUAAGAACACACACUUAUUUAAAAAGCGCGCAGACGGAUUAAGCCAUUAACAAUCAUGUCAAUAGGCUUUAUUUUGAUAGCAGGAUUCACACUGUAUCUCAAUCUAUGGUACAUUAAUGGUGAUAUAUGUAAAUUAGAGAAGACAUGUACAGAGACUUGCUAUCGAAUCUCACGUUAUUAUGAAAAGUGUGGAGUUUUUGGGUGGGCCCGAUGCAGUAAGUACAGACGUGUGUCAUACAUUUGUGCGAAAUCCUGCGAAGAAGAGGUCUGUUGUACCGGCUACACUGGGGAUGACUGCAAUACUCCAAUAUGUUUUAAUUCGACAACCUGUGCGAACUGGGGAACAUGCGUUAGUCCCGACAAUUGUACAUGCAUCAAAGGGUAUUCAGAACCGGCAUGUGACGAUAUUGACGAAUGUGGAAGUGACCAACAUAUGUGUAAACAUAUAUGUGUUAACACAAUAGGAACAUAUAAAUGCGCGUGUAAUGCUGGAUACAUGUUACAGACAGACCUUCUAUCAUGUUCAGAUGUUGAUGAAUGCAUGAUAGACAAUGGAAGAUGUAAUCAAGGUUGUGUUAACACUGAAGGUUCGUACAUCUGUGUUUGUAAUGAAGGAUACCAUCUGAGUGCAGACGGAUUGACUUGUACAGACGAAAAUGAGUGUGUCAACAGUACGCAUGACUGUGAGCAUGGUUGUACAAAUACUCCGGGCUCCUUUGAGUGUUAUUGCCACACUGGAUAUGACCUUGAUACUGAUGGAAAGUCAUGUAUUGACGUAGACGAGUGUGUUUUAAGAACGGCUGAAUGUGCUCAACAAUGUGUAAACACAGAAGGAUCUUACAUAUGUAGUUGUGAUACAGGGUAUAUGCUACAACCAGACAGAAUAACGUGUACUGAUGUGGACGAAUGUUUGGUCAACAAUGGAGGAUGCGACACAGACUGCACCAAUCAGCCUGGAGGAUAUUACUGCUCGUGUGGAGAUGGUUACGGUCUAAUAAAUGAACAUGAAUGUGGAGAUAUUGAUGAAUGCAAGAACGCAAUCCUGUGUGACCAAACCUGCACAAACACGGUCGGUUCGUUCUUUUGUACUUGUCAGGAAGGUUAUAUCCUUGGAACUGAUGGAAAAAGUUGUGAAAACGUAGAUGACUGCGCCGGUGUAAGCUGCCAAAAUAAUGCAACUUGUAUUGAUAAGGUGUUGUCAUUCACAUGCGCUUGUUCCCGGGGAUACACGGGAGUGUUUUGCGAACAAGAUGUAAAUGAGUGUUCCAUGCUCAAUGGUGGUUGUUCUGACAUCUGUGAAAACACAUUUGCCUCAUUUAUAUGUAGUUGUAAGGAGAACAGAACUCUUGGAACUGAUAAACGCACGUGUGAAGGCGAUGUUCCUAACAUAGACGUGUUCGAACGGCUUCGAAUUCCUAGGAAGCUAUUACCAGUAGGAUGCUUUUCGUUUGUUGUAUCCAAUACGCAAAGAUUAAUUUCGACACUCCCAUGGUUCUGCCACAAUAAGGAUCCAUCUAUUUGCUUUACAAGUGGAAUAGUACAUAUUGAAAUUAAAAAAAGAUUGCAUCCUGUAUCUAUCCAAGGAGUAAAAAUUACGAACAAAAACUUGAAGUCUAUUUCAGUGAAUGGUUACAAAAAGUCACAAGGAUCCGUAAUUGAACAAGAGAGAGAAUGCAAAGAAAUUGUUCUAUCACCCAUUGACAUCCAACAGUUUAUAAAGGAAGGGUCGUUUAUACGCAAUUUUUUCACACUUUUAAGAGGUAGCUUUCCAAGUUGGUUAAGUUUAUCUCCUGUUCAGCCCUAUACCUUAUCUAUACCAGAUAUGAAGUCAGAGGUAAAAAUAGGUGGUCAAAUAUCGGAUAUAGAGUGGUGCUCCAAAGCUCCAGUUAUGCAUGACAGGAUGUACCUUAUUUUCCGAUUCACAACCGCAUUCAAAUUAGAAAUUUAUAACAAAAGCGUUUUUCUACCAGAAGCCACAAAUGGGGAAAGAUUUUGCGUUGUAGCCGAUAUAAGUCAGUACUCUAAUGGGACAGUUUUCAUAUUGAUUCCGAAACGUGUAAGCGAAACAGUUGGUCCCCUGACGGAAUAUCUGAAAACAUCGCAAAAUGUAAGAGGAUUAGGUGUAAGUUUGGAUGCGGCAAUUAACGUCGAUUAUUCCUCGCUCAAAUUUUGGAACGGAUACGAUAAAUUCACACCAUCUCUUCCAAGUCCGAGGUUAUGGGUUGGUUCACAUACUGUUCUUCCCCUGUUCAUCAUUGAAUUUGAAGGCAAUGGAAACUAUUUCAAAUCAACAAGCAAUCUUGAGACGGUAUUUGGCUCCGUUGAUCCUUACAGUAGCCUAUCCACCCUCCAUAUCACAGUUGCUCCAACAUUCGAAAUACGUGUUCUAGGCAAGUCAUAUAAUGAAACGUUAGCCGAAACGAUAUCACUAGACCUAGAUAUAUACAAGAAUAUGGAAGGUGUAAGUCAUUGUGAUGAAAAUGAUGUUCCAGAUGGUAUUUACACUGCUUUGAAACUAACGAUAAACCCUUUAAAGAAUGUCCCGAUUAUAAGACAUUGGAGUCCAUAUCAAGAUCCGCUUGCGGGAGCCUUUGUUCUGGUAGGAUGUCAGUUGACUGAACCUUUCCCUGUUGACUUCUCGCAAGACAUUCAGGACUUAAACAAAACAUUAAGCAAUCUCUUUGCGUACGAGAAGGUACUUACAGAAUUCAGUAACAUGUCUUCACGACUUUUUGAUAAACUUAAAUCCUUCCAAUCCCUUAUUCAGCGAUACAAUAACAAUUCUUUAGACGAAAAAGCUCAACGAAAUUUUCCUCAAAAUGCAUGGAUUUCAUUUACUGAAGUACAAAAUCAAGCCACACAAUUAGGCGACUUACUUGAAUUUACGGUUUCGAUAACAACUGACAAUUUCCUAUCAUUCUUAGAUGACCAAAUAAUCAAAAUCAAAAUGAUCUUAGAUAAAAUGGUUUUUCUAACGAAAUCAGCUCCCAGAUGCAACUCUUUAGGAUUUAAGUUCGAAGCAGAAGUCUCAUUUAACGUAACCAAUAAGAAACUCGAUAUAGGCUAUUUCAAUGUUGAAAUCAUAUAUUCGGAAGAACCAUUAAAAUGCAGUAGGUUUGAUGCAGUCUCUAAACUACUAGCCGACCAGCCAUCCAUAAGAGUCAUUGGCCAAGCUACUACAUCUCUGGCUAUUGGAGUGUUUUUAGAUAUAAAUAUUGGUGGUGGAAUAGGAAUGGUAAUGUCACGUGAUAUAAACAAGGCAGUAUUGCAAGUAAACGUUAUCCUGAAGAUUUUGGGAGUACAUUAUACUGUUGACAUAUUCUAUACCUUUGAAAAAGUUUAUGCAUAUUAUGAAGUAAACAUUUGGAACCUGUUUUUCGCUCAUAUUGACGUUGAAAUUCAUUAUGAAACGUAUGGCUUUAAAUGUUUUGAGUCAAUGGACGUUUGA